AUGGACGACAACCAGUCCCUUGAACUUUUCAGUUGGCAUGCUUUUCGACAACCAAGCCCUAGAGAAGAUUUUAAUGAACUCUCUAGAAAUGUAGUUGCUUAUUGUGGAGAAUUGCCAUUGGCUCUUGAAGUCCUUGGAUCUUACUUAUCGGAGAGGACGCAAAAAGAAUGGAGAAAUGAUCUAUAUAUAUAUGAUGUGAAUUAUACUGAGUUGGAAACAACAUCAGAUGGAUUACAAGUCUCAAAUCUUUCCUUGAAAUCACUUGUGAUUGGAACGGGAAGUUCUCAAAUAGUCAUGGAUAUUCUUGGGAGGGAGGAGCAUAUCGCAGGACCUUCAGCACAGUUUCAAGUUCCUAAGGACAUUGAUUGUCUCGUGAAGGGAAUAGUUUUAUGUGUUGUUUAUUCCUCAACAUCUGAUAACAGAGGUGUCGAAUGUCUUACUAGUAUCUUGAUCAUUAAUAACACAAAGUGCACCGUUCAGAUAUACAAGCAAGACACAAUAAUGUCUUUUAAUGAUGAAGAUUGGAAGAAUGUAAUAUCAAAUCUAGGACCUGGUGAUGAUGUGGAGAUUUUUGUAUUUUAA